CAACAAGUUGAGCAUCCUCUUAUAAAAGUUCAUAGAAAUAAAUAGAAAACUAUCUCACAAUGGCUGAUGAUGACGAAGACGUCCCUGCCCUUGUCGUCGACAACGGUUCCGGAAUGUGCAAAGGUAAGCGACUGGAGAUUUUUGUGGAAAGAYGGAUGUGCGGUCAUUUUGACGGUUCGGGUACAUUUUGUGCCAAUAAAUGUCACCACCAUACUGUUGGAAAGAUAUUUUCAUGAGUCCAGAAUCCAUUUCGAAUGGAUACAUUCUUUCGAUGCUGCCACAACAACAAAACUUAUGCUUUACUUCGGUGGUGUUUAAAAGGAUUGACAUUUCUCUCACGCCGUUCUUAUUGAUGAUUUAAACGUGAUAAAAUAGCCGGAUUUGCCGGAGACGAUGCUCCUCGAUCCGUCUUUCCUUCCUUGAUUGGUCGUGCCCGUCAGCCUGGUAUCAUGGUUGGAAUGGAACAACGUGAUGCUUACGUCGGAGACGAAGCCCAAGCCAAGAGAGGUGUUCUUACUUUGAAGUACCCUAUUGAGCACGGUAUUGUCACCAACUGGGACGACAUGGAAAAGAUUUGGCACCACACCUUCUACAAUGAGCUUCGUGUUGCUCCUGAAGCCCAUCCUGUUCUUCUUACUGAGGCUCCAAUGAAUCCUAAGGCUAACAGAGAGCGAAUGACCCAAAUCAUGUUUGAAACUUUUAAUGUCCCUGCCAUGUAUGUUAACAUUCAAGCUGUCCUUUCCUUGUAUGCUUCCGGACGUACCACCGGUUGCGUAUUGGACUCUGGAGAUGGUGUUUCACACACUGUCCCUAUCUAUGAGGGAUAUGCCCUUCCUCAUGCUGUUGUCCGUAUGGAUCUUGCUGGACGUGACUUGACUGAUUACUUGGUGAAGAUUUUGACCGAGCGUGGUUACUCGUUGACAACCACUGCCGAGCGCGAAAUCGUGCGUGACAUCAAGGAAUCUCUUUGUUUCAUCGCUGUUGACUUUGAAGAAGAGAUGAAGAAGGCYGCUGAGUCUUCUGCUUUGGAGAAGUCCUUCGAAUUGCCUGACGGCAACAUCAUUGUCAUCGGAAAUGAGCGAUUCCGAUGCCCUGAGGUUUUGUUCCAGCCCAACUUGACUGGUCUUGAGAUGGACGGCAUUGCUGAUAGUACUUUCCAGACUAUCAUGAAGUGUGAUGUUGAUAUUCGAAAAGACUUGUAUGCCAAUAUUGUUCUUUCUGGAGGUACCACCAUGUUCCCUGGAAUCAGUGAGCGUAUGUCCAAGGAAGUCACCGCGCUGGCUCCUGCAUCUAUUAAGGUGAAGAUUGUUGCCCCUCCAGAACGUAAAUACUCAGUAUGGAUUGGAGGAUCCAUYCUUUCAUCUCUAUCCACCUUCCAAAGUAUGUGGAUCAGCAAAGAAGAAUACGAUGAAGCUGGCCCAUCGAUUGUUCACCGCAAGUGCUUCUAAAGCGUAGCUAUGUGAACUUCGACUGUUGCGAAUAUGAAUUUAAAAAAUUUUAUGUUAGGUUCCAAUUUGUAUGUGACAGAUUACAACUAUUUGUGCAUUUGCCGCGAUCAUAGUCCAUAACAUAUAA